UUUUGUCCUAGCCGAGGUCAUCUUUUCUUAGUGACUGUCCCAGUGAAUGAAGAGAGGGUGAUUGCAGUGACGUGAACCGCACAGCUGAUCGGACGAUAACGAGGCAGACAGGCAUUCCGCUAUGUGCGCCCGGGAUGUUUUUGUGAUGUUACCAAGCCAAAGAUCCACAAAGAAAGAGAAACGAGGAUGAAACCAACAUGAUUAGCACCGAUGGCCUCUCUAAAUGCGAGGCGACCUGGCGCGAGACUGGGAAAAGGCCACAGGCGGAGAUGUUGCACCUUCUGUCCGCUGUCGUUGUCUGGCUUGUGACGGGGACAACCAUCUCCAGUCUUAACAAAUGGAUUUUUGCAGUGUACAACUUCAGGUACCCCUUACUGCUGUCGGCCCUGCACAUGUUGACAGCGAUAGUGGUGGACUAUGGGCUUAUUAAACUGCGAAUUCUCCAGCAAAACGGUGGGGUUGACAACCAGAAGGACCUUACCACCAGCGCCAAAUGCAAGGUGUUUCUAUUGAGCUUGACAUUUUGUGCCAGCAUCGCAUUUGGCAACAUGGGUCUAAACUAUGUCCAGCUGUCAUUUGCCCAAAUGAUCUACACCACCACGCCAAUCUUCACCCUGGCCAUCUCCACUCUGAUCCUGGGCAAGCAACACCACAUCCUCAAAUACACAGCCAUGAUGCCCAUCUGUCUGGGAGCCUCGUUCAGCAUCAUGGGCGAGGUCCAGUAUGACCAGACAGGCUGCUUCUUUGUAUUCGCUGCAACAAUGUUGAGAGGUGUCAAAACCAUCCAGCAAGGUAUCUUGCUCCAGGAGGAGAAAAUCAACUCUGUGUUCCUGCUGUACCUGAUGUCUAUCCCCAGUUUCUGCAUCCUGGCCGUAGCUGCUCUGGCCCUGGAGAACUGGGCCGUGCUGGAGUCUCCAAUGCACUACGACCACAACCUGUGGCUCUUCAUUCUGCUCAGCUGCCUGGGCUCUGUCAUGUACAACCUGGCCAGCUGCUGCAUCAUCACCCUCACCUCCGCCGUCACCCUGCACAUAUUGGGGAACCUGAGCGUGGUGGGCAACCUGCUGCUCUCCCAGCUGCUGUUCGGCAACGAGAUGUCAGCGCUCAGCUGUGCCGGUGUGGCUCUUACUCUCUCUGGCAUGCUCAUCUACCAGAACUCUGAGUUCAUCUCCAACUACCUGGAUGCACGGCGAGCUAAUGCCAGGGAGCUCAGCCGAGUGAGGGAGGAGGAUAUUGCUGGCCCAUUCCAACCGCCCCCCCAAGAACAGAGGGAGAGGGUAGACGCUUGGCGGCAAGCAGAGGGGACAAGGAUGCAUGGCGGCCAGUAA